AUGGCUACUGCUUGUGCUUUGUUCAAUGCUGUUGGAGGAGGAAACACUACUACUGAUGAAACCAACAACAAUAGUACCUCUAACUCGAGUAACCUCAGCAGUGAAGAUUUUCACAACAUACCUCAACAACAACAACAUCAUUCUGAAAGAAAAUUACUCAGAAAAAGAACGGCUUCUGAAAUGGAACUUCAACUUCACAACAACAACAACAAUUAUCUUAGGUUUUCUCGUCGAACCAACAACAACACUACCUCGUUGAAUUGCUCUUUACCUGCAACCACACAAAAAGGUGUCACUACUACUACAACAACAACAUUAGCCUCAUCAGAUAACGUUGCUAUUCAAAAUUUCGUCACAACCAACUACUCCACUAUGUUGCUACCUUCUUCUUGUUCUUCAAACCUCAACAAUUCCUCUACCUCUGCUACAAACUACACUCAUUACCAACAACAACCUCUUGUAGAAGAACAAAACACUCUUCCUGCUAUAUGUGGUUUCUCCGGUUUACCACUUUUUCCAUCUCAAAACAAUCAAACAAACCGAACCAACAACAACAGCAGCAACAACAGAAACAACACUAACGGUGUUGUUGAUGUUGUUAGUUCUUCUCCUUCAAUGGAAGAAACCUCGGCUACAACAAACUGGAUUGACGGUAUUUUGAAGGAUCUCAUUCAUACUUCAAACAGUGUUUCUAUUCCUCAGCUUAUCAAUAAUGUUCGAGAGAUAAUAUAUCCUUGCAAUCCAAAUCUUGCUCUUGUUCUUGAACACAGGCUUCGUCUUCUCACAGAACCAAACACUUGUGUUCAAGAGAGAAAAAGAAACAACGCAGAACAAAGUGUUGUUAACGUUAAUGGUAAUGUUCUAGCAGCUUCAAAUGUUAAUAAUAACUCUUCUGUGAAACUCAUGAACCGUGUUGAUGAUGUUGUUCAUACAACAAGUUUACAUUUUUCUGACUCUUCAACUCUUCUGAAUCAAAACCAAAACAUGUUUCCAAAUUGGGGUGCUACACAAAUCAACAACAACCCUUUGGUUACUUUACCUUCGCAAGCACAAACCACACAACAAGAUCCACAUCAUCAACUUCAACAGCAUCAAGAAGAUCUUGCACCUGUAACAACAACAACUACUUCUGCUGAGUUGGCACUUGCAAGAAAGAAGAAAGAAGAGAUUAAAGAACAGAAGAAGAAAGACGAAGAAGGUUUACACCUUCUAACACUUCUUCUCCAAUGUGCAGAAGCUGUAUCAGCAGAGAAUCUAGAACAAGCAAACAAGAUGUUACUCGAGAUUUCGCAGCUCUCGACUCCUUUCGGCACAUCAGCACAAAGAGUAGCAGCUUAUUUUUCAGAAGCCAUUUCAGCCAGACUAGUGAGUUCAUGUUUAGGAAUCUACGCAACACUUCCAGUUUCAUCACACACACCACACAACCAAAAAGUUGCUUCAGCUUUUCAAGUCUUCAAUGGAAUCAGUCCAUUUGUGAAAUUCUCUCAUUUCACUGCUAACCAAGCUAUACAAGAAGCCUUUGAAAGAGAAGAAAGAGUUCACAUCAUAGAUCUCGACAUAAUGCAAGGCUUACAAUGGCCUGGUCUUUUUCAUAUCCUUGCUUCAAGACCAGGUGGACCACCUUAUGUGAGACUCACUGGAUUAGGUACUUCCAUGGAAACACUUGAAGCUACUGGCAAACGUUUGUCUGACUUUGCUAACAAACUUGGUCUUCCUUUUGAGUUCUUUCCCGUUGCUGAGAAAGUUGGAAACAUUGAUGUUGAGAAGCUUAAUGUGAGUAAAUCAGAAGCUGUUGCUGUUCAUUGGUUGCAACAUUCUUUAUAUGAUGUAACUGGUUCAGAUACAAACACUUUGUGGCUCUUGCAAAGGUUGGCACCUAAAGUGGUAACAGUAGUGGAGCAAGACCUGAGCAAUGCAGGUUCAUUCUUGGGAAGGUUUGUGGAGGCAAUACAUUACUACUCAGCACUAUUUGAUUCUCUUGGUUCAAGCUAUGGUGAAGAGAGUGAAGAGAGACAUGUGGUGGAGCAGCAGCUAUUAUCAAGAGAGAUUCGCAAUGUACUUGCGGUCGGAGGGCCAUCGAGAAGUGGUGAGAUUAAGUUCCAUAAUUGGAGAGAAAAGCUUCAACAGUGUGGUUUUAGAGGUAUCUCUUUGGCUGGUAAUGCUGCUACUCAAGCUAGUCUUCUUCUUGGUAUGUUCCCUUCUGAAGGGUAUACUUUGGUUGAAGAUAAUGGUAUUCUUAAACUUGGUUGGAAAGAUCUUUGUUUGCUUACUGCUUCUGCUUGGAGACCUCCCUAUCAUACCAACACUGUCAUUCCUCAUCAUAACUAA